AUGGGCUUUCUCGGAGCGGAGAUACUACUUAACAGCUAUAUGCUGAUCUCGUCUGAAUCUGAUUUUGACCUCGCGGCACAGAAGUUGGUUGAGGCAGGUUUUCGCCCCGCCCCAUGGUCGUACGGUAUAAUCGAUCCACACCUCAUUCCAGACGACGAGAUAGGUCGACGGAUUAACCCUAUGGAAAAUCCUGGAUACCGGAUGUUGGAUGACAAUUCCGUGCGGUUCCAAUUUCCAGCAGGGUUUUCUGGCCCUGGAAGAGUUGUAUUACUUCGCAGCAAAUAUGUCGGCCUUAGCCCUCCGAACGAUCCGUCAUCGAUGCAGAGAUUCCAUUGCCACCAGAACUUGUAUUAUCCUGACAAAGCUCUCCUCCUAGAGAGCUUCAUCAGGACCCUCCUCCAGGACUCUCCAGGCUUCUGGCGCGACUCGUUGACGGGUUGGGCUAUAUCCUAUGUGUAUGGUUUAUUGAUGGUUGAAGACACCGUGCUUGAUUCUUGCGACGAAGAAAGUGUUAGGUUAUGGUUCAACGAAAAGAUUCGCCGGGGAAAGGGUGGCCUAGACAGAACUACGGUCAGUAAGAGAGUGGGUAAAGGCCAAGCCCUUACUAAGUAA